AUGCCUCCAACACAUCGUGUACCGCAAAUAGAUCUCGCUGCCGUUCUAGCUCAAAGUCACCCAUCCAUAGAUCUCAAGGUUCAAACAUUUGAAGACUCUUCGAGAAACUUCCUCAAGGCCCUUACGAGUUACAAAAACCGCGCAAUCACGACAAUCUCUGAGCGUCGCAAACACCAGGCGGCUGAAAAGAAGAAGGUGUUGGAAAGAAUCCAAGCAGUUGAGAAGGAGACCAAUCUAUGCAAACUGAAAGAGAUUGAUCUUGUGGCACAACUUGAACGAGAGAAGGAAGAACGCAAGGACGCGGAGCUGCAGGUCGCGUCGUUCAAGCGACAACUUGCUGCAGUCCGCGAGAAAAGCACCUCGGUUGAUGCAGACAUUGAACAAUACCGCGUUCUGACACAGACCCUUCGUCGAGGUUGCCACGCACUAGACAAGGACAAGGAGCGGUCAACGCUGAGCUCGUACAGCUCGCAUGUCUUCCCUGAGCUACGAGCCUGUGAAGAGAAACUUGCUUGUUCUAUUGAGGGCGUAGAGACAGACCAGCUGUUAAUUCGCUUUCACCGCGUUGAUCCAUCCGACCCAGAACGCGUAGCUGGCUUUGUGAUCGAUAUCUCGACGCAGAUUUAUAAAAUUAUCACUUCCUCUCCUAACCUUCCUUCGAUGCCGAUUCUUGUGAACGAUCUCAAUGAGACUCGAAAUAUCUACGAUUUCAUUAGAGAAGUGCGUGCUGCUUACGCAAACCUACUCGAUACCAGGAUGUCAUAG